AUAAACCAACAUGGCGGCAUACUUGCUCUGCCUCUCAGCGGGCGGAGGAGUACCGCUAUUUACGCGCACGAAAGGGGAUUUAAAACCGCUUCCAUUCCCAGUGAUUGGCUCACUAAAUGGGGUUCACAUGUUUGCCUCUACACAUGAUGUUUCAUUGUUAUCAACUACUACUGUAGAUGCCAAGGUUGUUUGGAAAGUCUUUCAUGACAGUAUUACCUUGAUUCUAGUGAGCCGUGAUGACAAUGCAAGUGACAGCCACUUGCAGCAGUUGAUUGAGAAGGUGUUCCUUUCCAUGGUGCUGGUAUAUGGACUGGAUGAUUUGACUAAUAUAAAAAAUAUCGAGCGCUUCAAAAAAGAGAUUAAGGUUUGCUUCAAGCUGGUUGACUCUUUACUAGACCAAGCAGACUUGGACACAUUCUCAGAUCUUACAGACUCUGUAGAUGUUGUUUUGGGGCCAGAAAAUAGCAUAUUACAGGAAUACCUUGAUGCGUUUGUGGAAGCAGCAGCCAGUCCAUACGGGUGUUUGUUAGUUUGGGGUAAAGUGGCAGUUGCCACCAGAAAAUGGUGGAGCCUCUCUUCUGUGGAGCUAGUAUUAUUGUCACUCCUAGUCAAUUCUUUACCAAAGUGUUCUGCCAGGGAUAUUCCCAUAUUUCUCCCACAUGGUAGCCCAAAGGUCCCCCAUAGGUUAUUAACAUUCCAGUUAGUCCAGGGAGUAGAAGUCUGUGUAGUUUGUGGACCCACACCUUCCCUAGCAGAACUCCAGAGAGAGGUGGACAGGUUCUGGAGAACUGCAUUUGAGUAUCUGAAAUCCUCAACACGAAUUCAUCCCAGAAAUUUCCCAACCAGUAUUCUUACAGACCAAAGCAUUUUAGGGUUUAUUUUAAUCAACAGAGAAUCCCAUAGGUGCCUGUGUACAGUAGAACCCAUGGAGGAAGACAGUAGUCGGCAGGGCAAAACAAUGAGCAUAUACAGAAGAAGGGAAAUUCUUAGGGCAUUUUACAAAUCUGUUGUAAGGACAAUAUUUACACCUCCACAAAGUGAUAUGGACUCUACGGAAACUGCAGAUACAUUACACACAAGGUUAAAACACAAAGCAUUGGAGACAUAUAUAGUAUCUGAGACUCAUAAAUGUUUUGCCAUGAAUACCAAUCCAUAUGAGUUGUACGUGUUGUACAGUAUUCACAUUCCUACAUAUGCAUUAAGAUCUACAACCACAAAACUCUUAAGCUCGUUAAUCAAAGAGAAAACAAUGCAGGUAUAGAGGUAGCUGAAAAAUGGACCUCCCCACCAUUCGAGGCUAAAUUAUAGCAGCAGAGAUUACCCGAAAAGUCCAGUCCAGCGUACAAUCAUUGUGAUCUCUGGCAGUGUGACAUGUUGCUGCUGUAGGUCAGCAAAACAAAACACAACAGCUGAGUGGCCAAAUUCUGUGUCAAGUCCUGUGUACCUACAAAAGGAUAUUUACACCCUGUACUGAGUGAGGACAGGAAGUAGGUAAAUCCAUCUGUUAGCAUCCAUUUUGUAUACCAUGUGAUUUUGUUGCUAUGGCAGGGUUACCAUGGAGCUUGUUGCCAUGUGACCAGUGAGUUCUGUAAUUUUUAUAGAAUGGCUGCUGACAGUUAGCAGGAGAUAAUGUCACCAUGUAAUGUCACUAUUUUAGAGCAGUCAGGUGCCCACUUUCAUCAUCCUGUUGCAAAGUAAGAUUUCAGUACAUCAUUAACUCAUUUUAAAAUCUUCUAUUCUACUAUAUGCUAAACUGCAAGCUCCCUGCUUUUACUGAGGGACACCUGAUCAGGAUAUAAAUAUAAGCAUGGGAGGGCAGUGAUGACAUUCUAAAGUAUAUCACAUUUAUUUUGAAGUCAAAGUUGGUGGACCAGUUAUGUAAUAGGUUGUGGCCGCGCUGUCCAUCAGUGGAACAUCAGUAUGUGACAUGAAGCUAACAAUAAAGAAAGAGUUUUUGUAGCUAGUAAGUUUUUUUUUUUUUUUUUUUUUUUGGAGGGGGGGGUCGCAUAAUGCCCAGGUUUGUGUUUUUACAUGUAACAUGUCGUGUAUUGGCAGCUAUGAUAUCUUAUGUAAACAUUUCUUGGUACAUACUGACAGUAAACCAGUGUUUUAUGUUAUAUUGUUUUUAAUUGACAAAUUAUUAAAUUGUUUAAUUUACAAUUUAUGUUAUCAAAAGACAAACUCACCUUUAAAUCCAUGACUUUCAUGAAGGAUUUUAAACAUUUGUGCGGAUAAGACAUUAGCAUGUUUUUCAUAUUGCCAUGAAUAGAACAGGUUCAGUCUCAGCUUUUUAUUGUAGUCAAGUUUGCCAAUGCACACAAAUGUAAACUUUCUAUUGAAAUGCCUGAGGAAUGAACAUAGCACUGCUGUUGAUCAUCAUGGUUACAGGCUUGUAUUACACAAAAUAAUUGAAACUAGUGUGUCAUAAAUCAGGUUUCAUACAGACUGAACACAACCAGAAAGAGAGUUCUAAAUUUUGAUGGUUUUGUAAUGUUGACAUUGCUUAAAUUGGAUUCAGAUCCAGCAAAUUUUUUUUUUUUAAUUUUUCAUUUUGCUAAGCAUUGAAUAUCGGUAGUUGGGGUAGCAUUGAUGCUUUCUAAUGCAUUUAUGCCCACACACAAAAUUUUGAAGGGUACAUUCUUGAUCUGCCAACUGUUUGUCAGUAUUUCAUCCUUCCAAACAUUUCCACUUCCAACAAAAAACACAUGUAUGAUAUUUCAUAUAUAACACAAUUUUUGACAAGAUGGGGGGACUUGGUGCUAAAUGUUGCGUCAACAGACAUAAAAUGUGCAUUGAUUUAGUCGGCAGCGUCCUCCCUGCAGUGAGCUAGUUCAUAUAUAAUAGAAGACAUUACAAGAAACCUCCCCUUGUAACAUUCCAUCACCAGAUGUGAACUUCAUUAAACGGUGUAGUACAAACAUUUCCUUGUGUGUUUAUGUUCUUGUUAAACAAGAGAAGCAGGUGCAACUGCUGUGGAAAUACACUGUACUGGGUGGUUGAGCUUAAUCAGAUGAAGAAAUUAUUAUUUUAACACCCCAGAUAGCAUAAGAGUAGAUCAUAAAUUGCACAUUUUGUUUUUUGGUUGGUUAAAAUGUUAACAAUGUUCAUUGGUGGUUUGUUAUACAAAAACAGGUUUCAUAGACAUUAAUAGUAGCUAUCACCAUAAAUAAGUUGAAGAAAAAUGUAUUUUAAAACCAGUGCAUUUUAACUCUUGGCAGCAUCACAAGUAUUACAUCUUUUGACACUUGAAAUAAGUAGCUUUUUCUGAAAUUUUUAGACUUCAAUGUGGAUAUAAAAGUACCAUAUAAUACAGCUGUUGCUUCCACUUGGUUGUUAGGUGCAUCGCACCCCUAUAAGAUUUCCUGUCUGGUGGCAAAACAUUGCCAUAUAAUGAUACAGUAUAAUAGGUCUUAAAAUAGAAUGACAUAGAUCUUAUAGUAAUUAAACAGUCUGGUACAGAUGUCUGCUUUUACAUUUACAGCAGGCUUUGUUAUUCGGGCAAUUCAAUUAUUCACAUUAAUUUUACCUCUUAGAAAGGACAACAGAUGUAAUGCAGCAGAAUUAUCAAGUUGACCAACCUAUUUCUGCUCACUGGUUUGGUUAAUCUAUGUUCAUAUUCAUUAGUGAUUACCAAAUGUAAUAGUUCCUGGCAGUUGAAAUUGAGAAUCUCUUUUCUAGUCUGGAACAUGUAAUUAUAGUAAUUUAUUAUGUAUAGU